GACUUUUGACUGACGUUUACCUAGACGUGAUUUUGACAUUCAUAUCAAUUUCCACUAGAAGGAUUUAUCUCUGAUUUCCACGUAGGUCUUCUACACCGGGUAUGAAUUUCUUGCAAAAUUAAAUUUUCAAGAACAUAAAUAUUACAGAAAAUGAAAAGUAUAAUGAGAUUGGCCUUGUUGAUUUUCUUCUUUUUUCUGGUCUACAUCUGCGUAAAUGGACAACCACGAAGACAGUCCUUUUCGCUCGCCGAGAGGGUGCAGCAGCUGACGGACAUGGCCAGCAAGAAAUCGGUGCUGAGAUUCAAUGGCAACAAAUUCAGAGAUUACUUGAAGGCCAGCCCUCGAAACUACUCUGUCAUUAUCAUGUUCACUGCCAUGGCAGCACAACGGCAAUGUCAAGUAUGUCGGCAUGCUAGUGAUGAGUUUACUAUUGUCGCAAAUUCGUAUAGGUAUUCUCAGUCGUACUCGAACAAAUUGUUCUUUGGAGUAGUUGACUUUGAUGAGGGGUCUGAUGUUUUCCAGAUGUUAAGAUUGAACACUGCCCCCGUUUUUAUGCAUUUCCCACCAAAGGGUAAACCCAAAGCUGCUGACACUAUGGAUAUUCAAAGAGUAGGUUUUGCUGCUGAAACAUUAGCCAAAUGGAUUGCUGAAAGGACUGAUAUCCAGAUUCGUGUGUUCAGACCUCCAAACUAUUCCGGAACGUUUGGUUUGGUCGUUCUGUUCGGCAUCGUCGCGGUAUUCCUGUAUGUACGCAGGAACAAUCUGGAGUUUCUCUACAACAAGACUAUGUGGGGCAUGGGUGCGUUAUUCUUUUGCCUCGCGAUGACCUCGGGGCAGAUGUGGAACCACAUCCGGGGACCUCCCUUCCUACAUAAGAGCAAUACAGGACAAAUCGCUUACAUCCAUGGAUCAUCACAAGGACAGUUUGUGUUCGAGACGUAUAUCGUUAUGUUCCUGAGUAUCCUUUAUUUUAUAAUUGUCAGAAAUUAUUGAUAUUGUACAGUGAGUGCGUGGAGUGCUAAUGUCACACUUUGAUAUGGAGGAAAAUGCAACCGACGCAUUGGCAAAAGUAAGCAUGGUUGUGUGAGAUGCCAAAAGAGUAUAGAAUCAGUAAACCUACUAUUCAAAUACAAGCACUCUCACCUAUGCGACGGCAACGUGAUCAGUUACAGAAUGCUUGCAUUGGCCCAUCAGUUUAUUAAAGAUGUCAUGUGUGGAUACUAUCGUGACACUUCGUAUCAUAUCCGCAAAAAAUCACUGAAAAUACAGACACAGAGUCGCGUUUUUGUAUUUUGAGUGAUUCAGUUGGAAACUAUUCUAAUAAAGCUACAGUUGAUAACAGUUAAAAUAAGUUAGUAGUGAUUUCCUAAAAUUCUUCUUCUUCAGUAUAAUUGACUCUUUAUUGUACUGAAGAAGGUCACUCUUCGGACUAAAACAUACAAUAAAGAAGAAUUUUAACCACAUGUGGUUUGAUUGGCCAGAUAAACAUGGAGGAUUAUCGACAAGAAAACCACAGGAUAAAUUUCAGAUGUUAAGUUGAUAGUGCACCCAAGAAAUAUGUUUGCAAAAAGGUGUUGGUUUUCGCAGAUCCUUCGUUGUUCAUAUACGAGGGUGGAUCAAAUAUAUACCGGUAGUAGUAAUAGUAUUACGAGAAGUGAAAAUGCUGUUUCACUUGUCACAUCCAUCGGUACAGAACACAUAAAUUGUAUCAGCAAUGAGUUAACAUCAGGUCCCAUCAUCUGAUGCGCAGUGUGUUAAAAUAGUUUUGGACUGAGGAAGGCGUUAAACCCAGCGAAAUUUUGACUUGAUUGAAAGUUCAGUAUUGGGAUGAUAUCCUGUCCAAAACUCAAGUAUUUGUUAAGGCCAAAAAGCUUAAGAGUAAAGGAGAAAGUGUGUAAAAUGUGAGUCAAACAACUUGCAAGGUCAUGUGUCAUCUGGUGACAACAAUGGUGCAGCUCAUGAUUGAAAGUGACAGGCGGCUUUCUAUUCAUCAUGGCUGCCGUACGAUUAAUCCUACCAACUACUACCAACUGUUUGGGAGGCAUCAGAAGCCGCAUGUAGAAGCAAAAUAGUUGACCGUCCUUCCGACAAUGCCACGGCACAUACAACUGAUUUGUUUGCUCCCAGUUUUGUGCAGUUGGUUGGUGACUCAACCUCAUACUUCUUACGAGGACGUAAUUUACUUACUUUGGAUGGUUGUCUAUACGAUUGGUCUUUAAUUA